UCGCUUGGAAUGGGGCUGCGCGUGGAGUUCCUCAGUCCGCACCAGUACCCGACUCCCGUACCCGUCCCCGUGGACAACGGGGACAUGAUCGCAGCGCGCGCCGCCAUCCGCAGCUACACUGCGGCACGCGGUGUCCUCCCGACGGUCUGGGACGGCGCCUACUUCCCCUGGCUGUUGACCCAUGUCUUACCGCCCACAAGCUCGCAGGCUGAGGGCGAAGCCGGCGCUCUAGCCUCGCUGCGCGUUGCCUCCCGCCUCACAACACGGCUGUACGCCGCCGCGCGCCGCAACCCGCGCCACACCCCGAUUCCAGCCGUCAUGUCGCGCUGCUACGCCCUCGUCGCCGUCGGCAGCGUGUGGACGCUCUACGCCGGCGUACUCGAGGGCGACCUGGUCGUCUCAGAGCUCGCGACGCUCAACGCCGCCGACCCCGAGGGCCUCAUGGGCGCCCUUGGUCUCGUCCGCGCCAUCGCAGGCGAAGCCGAAGCUCGUCGCGCCGUCCUUGAAAACUGGCUCUGGUGUCUGGAUCCGCCCCUCUCUGCCUCGCACAGCGCCAGCAACUCGUCCGGAUCUCUCCCCGUCACGCCAAAAUCCCCGACGUCCCCGCUGCCAGACCGGUACGAGAACCCGCGCAUGGCGCCCAAAGUCCCCCUCUCCAAAAUUCCGACACCGGAGCGGCCGUUUGAGAACCCGCGCGCCGCGCCUCAGACUCCGAAAUCGAACUCUCCGAGCCAGAGCCAGGUCCAUGUCCCGAGCCCAAUUCCGAUCCCCACCCACACGCAGCAAAGUGUGGCCCCGCCGCCCCGUCCGCCGCCGCGCCGUAUCCCAGUGCCCAUCUCCACGAGUCCUGGCAGCGAGGGCAGCGGGGGAACGUCCCCACCAGUGUCAGCGUCGCCUAAGUCGCCCAAGUCGGAGAAGCGGAUGGGCCUCGCGCUCUCUCCCACCUCGCCGAUAGCGGUCGGGAAGGGACGCAGUGCUAUCCUCGACGUCGGUGCAUGGCGACAGGCAGUACGGCGGCCCAGCGGGACGUCGUCGAGACCCUUGGGCAUUCACAGGCUCAGCAGGAGUGUCGGAUAGGGGAGUGGGCCCCGAACAAGUGCAGGAUAUAUUUUGAGACCGUCCAACAGGAUUGCCCAAUGAUGCAGCAGUUUGUGAUCUGA